AUGCCAGCUCCUAACCAGUUCUACCCCCGUGCGUCGGGUCCACACCGUAUAGCAUGUAUCGCUCUCUACCGAUCCCUCCUCGAGCAAAGCCUACGGGUUCCUCUCCCGGCCAAAUUGUUGAAUGAUGCGGUAGCUGGAGAUGGAAGGACAGGCUUUGGGAAAGUAAAUCCCAUUAAGCAUUUUAUACAGAAGAAGUUCCGGCAGAAUGUACACCAUUCCAGUCCGAGGCUGAUCGUGCCGGCUUUGAAAGCUGGUUAUGCUGCCGAGGAACUCCUCCACGCAGCCAGCACAGGCAACACCAAAGCCCUCACCCAAAUCCACGAUCUCCUCGAUACUCUCCACCAGCAGAGACUCGCCGCGCAAAAGAGUUGUACACAACCUCCUCCUCGACCCACAGCUGCCAUGAAAGCCCGUCUCCGAGCAUACCCCAACGCACCAAAAGUCGCAGACGUCCGCCCUCUACCCCUCCCGAAGCUCAGCGGGAACAGACAUGUGCCAACCCUAACUGUAGCGACGUAUCUGCCAUUCCUACGGUUCAAGAAAGGGCAGAGUCCGUAUCUGAGCCGGGUGUUGAAUCAGAAGGUCAGGCAGAGACAGAAGAGGGUAGAUUGGUUGAACGACUUGGAAGCGGAUGCUGAGGUCGGGGCUUUGGAGGAGGAGUGGGAAUGGAAUGUUCUUGAGGUGGCGGCGGAGGAGGGGAAUUUGGAGGUUUUCGAUGGUUUGGAACGGGAGGGGUGGGGAGCGGGUGGAGGGGGUGGGAAUGAGAAUGAGUAUGAGGUUGGCGACGAGAGGUGGGAUAGUGCACCGGCUCGGGCUAAAUGGCUUGUUCAAAAACAGUCGAGGAGGGAGUUUCAGAGGGCGGGGGAAUUGGCCGAUAAGUUGGCUGGAGUGGUUGAGAAGGAGAGGGAGCUCUGGGAACGGGAAAGGAGGGAGAGGAAGCAGGCGAAAAGGGAGGCGAAGAGGUUCGAGAAGGGGGAUGGGGAAAGGAGAUCCAAGAGAGGUGGGGAGGGAGAGAAGAGGCUUGAGGAUUGGGAGAAAGAAGUCGAAGCCUGGUAG